GAAGUUUUAUUAUUUACCCAAAUGGGGGAUUGCUUUCCCCGACCAGGGCAAUUGACAUAUUUAAAGCUACACGCUUAUCACUCUUUAGCCGGCCAUGUCUCCGAAUCGUUGCAGUUUGUCCCUAUUUUUCAUUUCGAUUCAAUUGCUGGGCUUUGUUCCGGCAGCCCCAUCCGACAAUUCAAUAGAUAAUCCAGAUGCGAGUUUUGAUAUUAUGAUGGACCAAUCGGAUUAUUUGCCAGCCGAACUCCAGCUGAAACUGCUGCAGGUAGAACGAGAACAAGAAGAUUUGGAAAUGGUUCGUAUGCAGUUGAUGCAAUUGAAUUUGCUGAAACUGUUGAUCGUCUUGGAUAUUCUGAUAGUGUUGUGUCUAUACUUCUACAUCUGUCUGGCAAGAGAAAAUUACACGGAUGCAGAUCGUAUGAUAGUUAAGUGCUAGCCAUUAAGUUAACCUUUUAAAUACCUCUUGAUUCUUUAAAGUUCAAGAGCUUAAAUGUAUUCGAUUACAUAUUUUUGAAAGCCAUUUUUUUGGUGAUCCUCUUAUUAGCAAUUAGCAGCAUUCCUUUAUUUAAUUAGAUAAUGAAAACAUAAAACAUGAGUACUAGAACAUUGAAUAAAUGGCACGAAAUUUAAAUCCAAA